ACAACUAAUUGGAAGAAGCUUGAUUCCAAGAGAAAAGGGAAAUUGUGCAAUAACUUCAUUUACCAUUAUUACCUCUGGUACUCAGAGAAGCUGAAGGAGAGGGGAAAAUAGACCUGCACUAGCUGGAAAGAUAAUAAUGCACAAAAGAAUCUUGCCUGGAGACAUGAGACCUGAGUGUGAAUGUUAAGGAGCUAUGUGCAUAAGAAGAGAAAAAUGAAGACAUUACAUUUUGAAAUGGUCUCCAUGCUGCUGGCAGCUAUGAUUCUCAUGGACAUCGUCCAGGUAAAGGCUGAAAUGCUAGACAUGGCAGAUAAUGCAUUUGAUGAUGAAUACCUGAAAUGUGCUGACAGGAUGGAAAUCAAAUAUAUCCCCCAAUUGCUCAAGGAGGAAAAAUCAAACCAGCAGCUCUUGGUGGAUGUAUGGGAAGAUGCAAAAUCCAAAUGGGAAGCGCGGAAGUCUAAGAUCGUUCUCCCUGUGAAUUUUAAGGAUAACCACGGAAUAGCCCUGAUGGCAUAUGUUAACGAAGCUCAAAAGCAAACUGAAUUUUACCAUCUGUUCAACAAAGCCGUGGGGAUGGCUGGCCAAUCUCGAAAAGAUUAUAUCUAUGACUUCCAGUUCAAAGCUUUUCACUUUUACCUGACAAAAGCCCUGCAGUUGCUGAGAAAACCUUGUGAAGAGAGUUACAAAAAUGUGGUGUAUAGCUCAAGCCAGGCUUCAUUUACAUUAGGAGGGCUAUCCCAAGCCAGGUUGGGCAAUUUCACCUUGGCAUAUUCAACCAAGCCUCAAGCUGCUAAUGACCAACAUGUUCUGUUAACCAUCCACACGUGCUUUGGAAUUGCUGUUGAAAAAUUUUUUGAUGAAAAAGGUGAAAAAAUUGUUUUAAUACCUCUGAAUGAGGUUUUUCAUGUGUCACAGGAUGGGACUGGCAAUAAUCUUAUCCUUCAAAGCAUAAAUAAGACCUGCAGCCAUUAUGAAUGUGCAUUUCUGGGUGGACUAAAAACUCCAGGCUGUGUUGAGAACAUGGAGUAUUUCCAACCCAUCUAUGUAUACAACCCUGGUGAGAAAAGCCAAAAGCUUGAAGAUUCUGGAAUAAAAAACCAAGAGUCUACUAACUUCCCGGGUAUGAAGAGCCGUGACUCUACCCAGCUACCUGCUCCAGACCCAGGCCCAGAUCCAGUUCCAGUUCCAGGUCCCAAAACCCAUCCUUCUGCAUCUUCUGGCAAUAUGCUCCUUCCAGCUUUUGGGAAAGUCACCAUUUUUAUCACUGCUUUUACUAUAGGUUGCUAUAUAGCCUGUAGUCUGGUAGAGUCUUUAUUUACUUGAAUAAUUACAUUACAGGGAUCCCUCGUAAAGUCACCAAAAAGAAAGGUCUUUUUCACUUGUUGGCCAAAGUCAGUUGACAGAAUGAGAAUUGAGUAUUUAAUGUUAUUCAUUUUGCAAAUUCAGAAAAGUUGGUCCAGAUGCCAUAAAAUGCAUUUUUCACUUAUUCCUGUAUUAGGAUUACAAAAAAACCUAUCUGUAUACUUCUGAUUGAAUUCAAUAAAAGACUUUUAAGGUUAUUAGGCAUAAUUUCACUAGAAUUGUCAGCUAUUAAGAUACCCAGUGUUAGUGUUUAGCAUGAAUUUGAUUCGUUAAAUUGUAAAGAUAUCCUAAUUAUCUUUGAAGAAUCAAACUUUGAGUUCAAAUAGUUCACCCCUCAAUUCAUCUUCCCUCAGUAAAUACUUUUCACAGUGUCCACUUUUCUCCAAGGAAAUGUGGUAGUUGAAUAGUGACCAAGUUAGGCUUUGGUAACUGAUGCUUGCUUACACUUUGUUUCAAAAAGGAUUUAAGAUCAAUUUCGAAGAUAAACUGCAUUAAAUCUAAACUAGGUGUUAGGGGUAUAAUGUGCCUUAUUUCUACCAUUUACCUCUCCAUGUACAGAAUCUUGAGCAGACUGUCCAUAAGAACCCUUGGCCACUUGAUGACUAAACACACCUUCUGAUAAUCUGUGCUGGAGAACACAGCUUAGUUCUAAGUUCAAAAUGGGUCUUUUUUCAUCCUCCCCAGCCAAAUGUAGAAUUUGGUUAUCACUUGCUUGGGACACACCUGGGUAUAGACCGAAUCUAGUUACCUAAUUAGCUACAUGAACUGGAACAGCAGUUCUGCCUUGCAUAUCAGUCACUAGUAUGACACAAACCUCGGCAGCUGACUGGACUUGGACUGAUCUUUAAAAGGCAAGCCCUGGGCCCUAGCCAGGUGUAUGUAUUUCUUGGGAUUAAGAACCUAACAAUAUUACAACAUGUAAAACGAAAGGCUAGAAGUGAGCAGAGUAUGCCCCAUUUAUCACCUGUCCACUAGCAACUCUUCUUACUAUAAAGAGGAUGGAGGUGGGGUACAAAGGGAUAGAAGCGCCUUCGUCCACACUUGGCUGUGUGGAUGAGGAUGGAACUGCCUGUUUUCUGGACCAAAAAGAAAACAGACAAGGAGAGAAAAGAAAUUCCUCUCCCAACACUGCUGGAAUUAGAACAGUGAGUAGGAAAGUAUGAUGAAGGAGAGUAAUAUUUAGAGUAGUAUAGCAAAUCUGCAUGCCAUAAACAUGACAGAAGUGGUUGCAAACUUCUAGUAGCUAACCAGGAAAGGAAAAAAAAUUAGUUUUAAACUUUUAGUCUCUUACACAACUGUUUUCUAGUGUGCAACUGCAAACAAUUUCCUUCAGUGGCAUCUCAGCGGAAAGCCUCUGGCUAUACAGUGCAUCAUAGUCCUCACCCUCUCCAUGGUAAACGCCGCAACAAGAUUCACAGGGCACCUCUCAUAAACCAAAGUAUCACAUAAAAGUACAAAGUUAAAGCAUUCCAAGAGGGGUCAAUAUGAUGCAAUGAAGAUGUACAGUAUGUACUUAGAAAACCUGUUAAAUUCGGGCAUUCUUUAUCUUACAUGACAUCUGAAUUAAAUUUUACUUACAUGUGCUAGUUAAAGUAUUUAUCAGCAUUGAUAAAUUUUCCCUAGGAACAAAAAAAUCAGACUCAAAAACAAGGAAAUUAUAAAAUUCUUGAAUUGUGAUUAUGAUUUAGUUCUUGUGUGGACACAAAUGAUUAAUUCUCCCAAAGCCAAAUAAACAAAGCACCAGACAGAAUUAUAUAAAAGUAAUAUAAUCAAGA